UGGACGUCGAUCCCAUCAACGGAUCCAUCAUCGGACCCAUCAACGGAUCCAUCAACGGAUCGAACGAUUGCAAGGAAUCGUUCUGAGCUCAAGAUGUCGCUCUCCUGCGGCUACAGCGAGAGGAUCCGGCCUAUGCUGAAUAUCAUCGAGAAGCUUCGAAAGCUGGGAGUUAAGGACGAAGGCAUUAAGCUCCCGACGAUCGCCGUGUCGGCGCCGACAGUCGACGAUAACACUCGAUGGAAGGGAGUGAUUGCAAAGGUCGAACCGAAUGAAGAUGACGGAGGCAAGCAGCUGGCAAUACGAGUCGAUAGCAAACUGAUCAUAGAGUACUCCACGGUGAAGAAGGAGAUUAACGCGGACGAAGUAGAAUCUGCUAUCAAUGCCGCGACCGUCCAAUUGGUAGGUAAUCGCAAGGACAUCAAGGACCAUCCGAUAACCUUGACAGUGAUUCGAGCGGGGUCGCCUGAAUUGACGCUCAUCGAUUUGCCCGGCAUAACAAGAGUGCCGAUUGCCGAUCAGCCGAAGAACAUUUACGAGCAGGUCACUCGUAUGAUCCGACAUUACAUAGAGCCGGAGGAGACGGUGAUCUUGAAUGUCAUCUCCGCGACCGUCGAUUUCUCCACGUGCGAAUCAAUCAGGAUGUCUCAGGAGGUCGACCAGACGGGGGAAAGGACUCUGGCAGUGGUCACGAAGAUCGAUCUGGCUCCCGACGGGCUGCACGACAAAAUAAUGGAGAACGCGGUGCACGAGUUAACUAACAAGCUGGUGGAAAUACAAGCGGACCGGAUCGCAAGGACCAUUCCGAAGCUGCAGCAGCAGCUGACGGACCUUCUCCAAGCGCGGCAGGGGGAGCUGGCCACGCUGCCACGUGGCAUAUCGACGGAGGCGGAGGCAGGAUCCAUGUUGUUCAGGCUCGUGGCGGAUCGCAAAGCCAUCCUGGACCGCUUGCUCAUUGAGGGCGACUACACCGAGGAACCUGGCGAGCUAUUCCACGCGGCUGCGGCUAUGCAUCGCAUGUUCAUCGAGUACCAAGCCCAGCUUGCCAGCUCCAAAGGGAACCAGGAAAGUAUUUUAAAGCUCCACGACCACAUCCUGGGGCUCAUGAGAUCCUGCCGAGGAGCCAAUUUGCCGGACUUCUUGCCGAUGCGGGUUUUGCGACAGCUGGUGAAAGAACAGGUGGAGAAGAACGCCGAUAUAUGCGAGAAGCUUGUUCCCAGAGUCUACAAAUACGCUCACCACGUGGCUUCCCACGUGGAGGGCAAAAUCAUGGAAAGUUACCCGCAGCUGUGCGCGAAGGCGAAGGCCCUCGCGACGGAAGUGCUUGGCGAGGCGAAGCAGCACUCCAUGGAUUUCGUCAAACGACUGCUGCAUAUGGAGGCUAAUAUGAUCACAAUGAACGACGCCAGCUACAUGCAGGCUGUACAGGCGUAUCGCGAAAGCUUUCCUAAUCCGCCCCUUGCAGACUCGCGCGAUGGGUCUAUGGACUGGGUGACCGCUCGAGAGAUGCAGUUGCGCUUGUAUGCAUAUUGGCCCUCUGUGCAGCAGAGGUUGGCGGAGUUGGUGUGGAUGGAGGUGAAGUACUCCGUUCAGCAGGCUCUGCUCACAACCGUCGACUACCGUGUGCUGCAGCUUCCAGGGAUGGAGAAGCAGAAGGUUAUCUCGUUAAUGCACGAGACCCCGGCCGUGCACAGGAAGAGGGAGAGCCUAAUUAGGCGCAUUGAGAUGCUUAAGAAAGGCAACGAACUUGUGGUGACGCUGCCCAAGCUGUUUGCUUCGCUCACAGAAGCUUAGAUGGCUUUGCAGUCGUGUGCGCUUGCGGCACGUGGAACUGAGUAGGCUGACGAUGCUCACCUGCGUGAGUACGUCCAGGCAACAAGGAGAGGAGAGACGUCCUCCUUCCUUGUUGCUGGUUGUUCUGCGACAAUUCUGGAUGGCCGACUGCCGGUCUGCCGUGCGUGACACGUGGCUGAUCGUAAUGGGAUGGGAUGACAGACAGCAUCCGAUUCGACGUUCGCUAUGCGCUUGAUGAUUGAUCUGAUGGAUUGCGAUUCACAAAUCAGAUCACUUCCUUGAUUACUUUGCCUUGCUGGUUCUUUUCUUGGCUGCCUUGUCACUCUUAAGCCUAUGUUUGCUUCGAACGACGCGUUCGGCUGUAGCCGCUGUACUGUACGUAGCUGCGCAAUAAAUGCUGUUGUUCGGU